CCCUCUCGUCACCUCAAAGCCUCCAAACCCCUCCUCCUCCCAAACCCUAACCCUAAAACCUCCACCCUCCCGCCGCCGCCGCCGCCGGAUUCCCCUCUCCAGCCUCCGCGCCCCCUGUUCGGAUCGAAGCGAUGUCGUCGGACGAGGAGGUCAGGGAGGAGAAGGAGCUCGACCUCUCCUCCAACGAGGUCGUCACCAAGUACAAGACCGCCGCCGAAAUCAUCAACAAGGCUCUGAAGUUGGUCUUGGCCGAGUGCAAGCCGAAAGCCAAGAUUGUUGAUAUCUGUGAGAAGGGUGACAAUUUCAUCACAGAGCAGACUGGGAAUGUCUACAAGAACGUGAAGAGGAAGAUUGAGAGGGGCAUUGCUUUCCCAACAUGCUUGUCUGUGAACAACACAGUCUGUCAUUUCUCCCCACUUGCCACUGAUGAUACAGUGCUGCAAGAAAAUGAUAUGGUCAAAAUAGACAUGGGCUGCCAUAUUGAUGGUUUUAUCGCUGUCGUGGCUCAUACACAUGUCAUCAAGGAUGGCCCAGUUGCCGGGAGAGCAGCUGAUGUUCUUGCUGCUGCAAACACAGCUGCAGAAGUUGCUAUGAGGCUUGUUAGGCCUGGAAAGAAGAAUAAAGAUGUUACUGAAGCAAUUCAGAAAGUUGCUGCUGCUUAUGAUUGCAAAAUUGUGGAAGGAGUCCUUAGCCAUCAGCUCAAACAGUUUGUCAUUGAUGGUAACAAAGUUGUACUCAGUGUUUCCAAUGCUGAUACGAAGGUUGAUGAUGCUGAAUUUGAGGAGAAUGAAGUCUAUGCUAUAGAUAUUGUCACCAGCACUGGGGAGGGGAAGCCGAAGUUGUUGGAUGAGAAGCAGACCACCAUCUAUAAGAGAGCUGUGGACAAGAAUUAUCACUUGAAGAUGAAAGCAUCGAGGUUCAUUUUCAGUGAGAUCAGCCAGAAGUUCCCAAUCAUGCCGUUCACUGCUAGGGCGUUGGAAGAGAAGCGUGCACGCUUAGGCUUAGUGGAAUGCAUGAAUCAUGAGCUGUUGCAGCCGUACCCUGUUCUCCACGAAAAGCAAGGCGACCUUGUUGCACACAUUAAAUUCACAGUGUUGCUGAUGCCCAAUGGAUCGGACAAGGUAACAUCACAUUCACUUCAGGAAUUGAAGCCCACGAUAUCUAUUGAAGACAAUGCUGAGAUCAAAGGGUGGCUUGCUCUGGGUACAAAGUCAAAGAAGAAAGGUGGUGGAAAGAAAAAGAAAGGUAAGAAAGGAGACGCAGCAGAAGCAGAGCCUAUGGAUGUUUCAGAGCAGAGCCAAGAAUAAUUCAGUCUUUUUUCCUUUGCUUCCGCUGCUUCUGUACCUGCUCCUUCGCUGCAUCUGAUUGUGUUAUAUUACAUUCAGCUGUGGGAAUUUGAGUGUACUUUUUUUUGAAGAGUCUGAAGAAAAUGAUCGAUCCUUCUGCACACCCGUUCACUUCAAAGCACGAAUUGAUCAUUAUCUAUGGUGUGCUCAAUGUGUACUUGUCAAUUCUGCUUAUAAGUCUGCUUAACUUGAGUUUAACUAUGCUGUGAUGUUUGUCUGUUUGCUAACA